UGUCAACAUUUCACCAUAUGAAAGCAGUUUUUUGAUACAUUUCAAAAAGCGGCGUAGUUAGGUUUUAAGCUAGUUUGGAGCUCAAGAUAGCAUCUCCAUUGACGAUAAUGAACACUCACCUUGUCUAUAAUCCGGUCCAAAGCCUUUUUGUAGAUAAGGCCAUUGCUUUUUAGUUCUUCCAGUAUAUUUGCGUCCAUGAUGCAAAUAAAAUCACAUAUAUUUAUUAUACAGUGUUCAACACUGCAAAUAAGGAAACUGAACGUUUGAGAUUCAAAACGUUCCCACGUCGAAGAGCGCGAAAGAUGAUUGGUCGGGGAUCUUUGUGGUGUGUUCAAGACAUUCAGGAACUUGGAGAAACAGCCAAGCAGCUAGAAAAAAAACGAGAUAAAAUAAUGUUAUAUGAAUCUCAAACCCUGAAAUUCAUCCGGUGUAAUUACCUGCGUUCUUUAUUUAUUUCAUAAUUUUAAUAAUUUCCUGCGGUAUUUAUUAAAUACGCUAAUUAAGAUACACACAAAUUUACCUCUUACAUUUAUUUAAAGAAUGAGGAGGCAGGAAAAACAUUUUUUGUAACCAGUGUAAUCCUUUUAAGAGACCCAACGUCGUCUUCAACCAUAUUAACGUUGCUGUUAAUAAAGUACGGUUUAGUGCAGCGAUUGCCCAUGCGGGUAUCAUCAUCGCGCGACACAGCGACAGCAUGUUUACAUGUACGUCAUCAUCAUGCGACAAUCGACAGUGCUAGGACCAUAAAGUCAAGAUGUCGAAACAGACCUGUUUCCUAAACAAAGUUCUGUAUUAAUUACGCAAAAAGUACCAUAAAUGUUUUUUUCGUAUGGCAACGUGUGAAGAUCUUUCAUGGACUCGAGUACAACUCUGCAGGGACUAGUAACCGCCGCCGCCUCGGUUUACUCCCACCGGGUAGCAGUUACAUUUGACGGCGGCUCGUUGUCUGACGGCCCGGCGUGUCUGGUCUAUAAGGAUUUACUCCAACUUUCCAGCGAACUUUGUCUGACUCUGAGGGAGAGCUGCAAACCCAGCAAUGGCGUGAUAGGACUGUGUUGCAGUGAUGAUCUGCUCACACCAGUCUGGAUCAUGGGGAUCCUGCAGACACCUGCUGCUUAUGUCCCGCUGGAUCCAGGGGCUCCAGGGCUACUCUCUUCCCGUGUCAUGAUCAAGUGUGGCCUCAAGUACUGUGCUGUGAAGACAGACCUCCUGCAGCAAUUCCAUGCCACUCUUGACCAACACAUGACAGUGGAGGUUUGUGCAGUGAUGCCGAAGUUUAAACUCACCCUGGUUAAGGUCAAGCCACUGCCAGAUGCCGACCAAAAGCAGGAAGCGGAACAACCCGGAUCCCUCUGCGCAUCUGGAAGGGAAGGUUUGGCAUAUGUGCUGCACACAUCCGGAACGACCGGUCUUCCCAAGAUCGUGCGGGUGCCGCAUCAAUGUAUUCUUCCCAACAUCCUGCACCUGAGGUCUGUGUUUCAGAUGACUGCCAACGACGUGGUUUUCCUAGCCUCCCCACUGACCUUUGACCCCUCGGUGGUGGAUAUUUUUUUGGCAUUAUCGUCCGGGGCUCAGCUCCUCAUCGUGCCAGCUGUUCUGAAGAAGAUUCCCAAGCGGCUGUCACAGUUGCUUUUUGGGAGACACAAGACGACGCUCCUGCAGGCCACACCCACACUGCUGAGUCGUUUUGGGCCGCGCCUCCUCAAACAGGAAGUGCUGUCUUCCGGCUCAUCACUGCGUGUGCUGGCUCUGGGCGGGGAAUCAUGCCCGUCGCCGUCUGUGCUGAGUGCCUGGCGACAUGAGGACAACAAGACGGACAUCUACAACAUCUAUGGCAUCACGGAGGUGUCCUGCUGGGCCUGCUUUUACAAGAUCCCCUCGUCUCACCUGCAGCAGCCCAACAACACCGCAGCAUCCUCCGUGCCUCUGGGGACCCCUCUGAUGGGCACAAGGGUGGAGGUGAGAGAUCAAGAUGGUGGCGUGGUGAAGGAAGGUGAAGGACAGGUGUUCAUAGGCGGAGUGGAGCGAGUGUGCCUCCUAGACCAUGAGGAGUCUGUGGUGGCCGGGACAAUGAGAGCCACUGGAGACUGGGUGGACAUCAGAGACGGGCAGCUCUUCUACUUGGGGCGCAAAGACAGGACUGUCAAAAGGCACGGGAAACGUGUCAACCUAGAUAACUUGCAGCAACUGCUCUUGAGCCUGCCUGAGGUAGAGGCCUGUGCCGUGUGUCUGCAUGAAGAAGCCUUCCGUCUGCUCGCCUUUGUCGUCACAGAGGCGUCUGCGGGUCGGAAACAGGCUCCGCCCCCCUCCUCUGGGUGUAGCGGCGACCCAAGGCGGCACCUCCUGGAGCAGCUGACUCCACUGCUGCCCUCCUAUGGCAUUCCUGACACGUUGGUGCUCGUCCCGGCCCUGCCUCUGACUCCUCAUGGCAAAGUGGACAUGCGGGCGCUUGUGAAAAUAUACCAGAGGCAACAUUUAGAUGCUGACCCUUCACAUGGGGAUGUCGCCCAACUGGAACAAACUCUACGGACUUUAUGGCAGGACGCUCUUGGUCUUGAUAAUUCGGCUUUCGACGAGCGGUCCAAUUUCCUCUUCAGCGGAGGAGAUUCCCUGAAGGCCCUCCGGCUGUGUGAAGACAUCCUGGCUGCCACGGGAGUGAGCUCACCUCAGCUUGUGGAGGUCCUUCUCGACGGGACCUUCACCAACGUUCUGCACCUCCUCACCGGAACACAGAGGCACGGCAACAGCUCCGAGGGCACCAAACGGCGAGCUGAAACGACAAUGGCUGUUCCAGCCAAGAGAGAACGCAAUUCAAUAUUUGGACCACAUGGGGGCACUAAAGAGAGGCAGGCUGUAACAGUUCUCAGAAGAGGAGGUGAUUUGGAAGAGAUGGGCAUCAGAAGCAUCAUCCAGGCUGAGUCCCCGGUUCUGUCCCUCAGUGUGAGCUGGUCCUCGGACACGGGCAGAUGUGUGGAUGCCUCCCCGGUUGUCCUUGUCCAGGAAGGACAAGACGGCAUCAAAAUAACCGUCUUCAUCGGCUCCCACUCCCAUAGAAUACAGGCUUUGGACCUGGACACCGGCGGCCUCCUGUGGGAGCGAGUUCUCGGGGGUCGAAUUGAGGCAUCGGCUGCCGUGUCGCGGUGCGGACACUUCGUGGUUGUAGGAUGCUAUGAUGGUGGUGUGUACGUGCUGCACGCCUCCUCUGGGGACACACACUGGGUGUUUGAGACAGGGGACGCCGUGAAGAGUUGCGCCGCGGUUGACCCCCUCACGGGCAUGCUGAUUGUGGGGUCUCACGAUGGUUUUGUUUAUGCCCUCAACCUGGAGCUUCUGCAGUGCAUUUGGAGGCGUCACUGCGGCGGCGGGGCUGUUUUCUCAUCCCCACACCUCGACCCCUGCCAGCGACAACUUUAUGUGGCGACGCUGGGCGGAAGGCUGCUGUGUCUCCACCCAGACAGCGGAGACGUGCUGUGGUCCCAUGAUCGUAAGGUCCCCUUCUUUUCCUCACCAAACUCCUUCUCGGGCAGCGUGGUGAUUGGCUCAGUGGACGGAAACAUCUGUUGCUUCAGUAAUGUGGGCAAAGUGCUUUGGCAGUUUUCAACCGAGGGUCCGGUCUUCUCAUCUCCGUGCGUCACAGCCAACCAGCAAAAGAUCCUGUGUGGAUCGCACGAUGGUCGUCUGUACUGUUUGAACUCAGACGACGGCUCUUUGUGUUGGAUUUUCCAGACGGCGGGCAAAGUGUUCUCAAGUCCGUGCGUGUUUGGCGGAGGGAGACGUGUGGGCGUGGCCUCCACAGAUGGUACUGUCUACAUCCUGGACAAUCAAGGUGGACACAUGCUGAGCUCGUGGAAACUUCCCGGAGAGCUGUUCUCCUCCCCGGUGGUGUGUGGACGCUCUGUUGUAGUUGGCUGCCGUAACGAUCAUGUUUAUUGUUUAACACUGGAAACAUAACAUUAUAUCAUAUGGCUGUUUUAUUAUGUAUAUGUCUAUGUUUACAUUUGUAAAAAUGAAUUCCAUCUAAGCACACAGAAGCAGUCAGUCAGUUCAGACAUGAUUUAAUUACAUUAUUUAUAACAUUUUUCAUCUCUUUAAGAAUUUGUCUGCAUGAAUCUCUCUUUAAGUGGGACAAAAAAAGUGCAAAUGAUACCAAACAUUUUGUUACAUGUAACACUGCGUACACCACACUAUUGUGCACGAGCAUAGAUAGAAACAAAAUGACAAAGUGACCAAACUUUUUGUCUUACGUACAGUACAUACUUACAUACAUACAGAUCAUUACACCAGUGAAUGAUGAGAGAGAAAGGCGGGUGUCACAUUUGUACAAGGAAGUGAUGGCCGACAAAGAAGGACAAUCUACGUUUACAGCAAGCAGGAAGUGACCAGAAGCUUAGCGAGAACGCCAAAUCAAAAUCCGGUUCUGUCAUCAUGGCAGCUCGCUUUGUCACAGUCGUCACGGACACAGUGAACAGUUUGAAACGGCUCCUUUGCGGAAAACAACACCAUAACAACGGCACUUCCAUCCAUCUCGGUCAGGAAGCAGACUCGUGAGAGUGAUGUUGCUGCUAGCCCUUAUGAAGACACACUUGUCACACCGUUUGUAACACUGGCAAGCUUCACCUCUUUAAUCCGAGGUCUUUCUUUCACAUUGUGUUUUGUGAAUUAUUUACAGGCCGCACGGUGGAUGAGUGCUUAGCAUGUUGGCCACACAGUCAGGAGAUCAGGAAGACUUGGUUUCCAAUCUCUGCUUGGGAAUCUCUGUGUGGAGUUUGCAUGUUCUCCCCGUGCAUGCGUGGGUUUUCUCUGGGCACUCCGGUUUCCUCCCACAUUCCAAAAAACAUGCUAGGUGAACUAGUGACUCCCAAAUUGUCCAUAGGUAUGAAUGUGAGUGUGCCCUGGGAUUGGCUGGGUGUACCGCGUCUCUCAUCCGAAGUCAGCUGGGAUAGGCUCCAGCAUACCCCACGAACUUCGUGAGGAUAAGCGGCAUAGAAGAUGGAUGGAAUUAUUUACAAUCCCAGUGCCGCGGUUGGCUACAAAAUAAUUGAAAAAAAUUGUCUCUUGCAGGCGUCUGCCACAGUUGUUAUAGUUUUCAUUCUGUGUUAGGAUGUUAGCCGCAUGCUUGCAACCUUUCUUUUCAUGUAUAUAUAUGUAUCCAUAUAGAUACAUAUAGCUAUAUAUAGUGUAUUUGAAUACUUGAAUGCAUCCAGGGUAGCUUUACAAAGUAGGGAAUGAUUUGUUCCAUAGAGCGUGAUGGGAUCUGUUGUUAGUGUAGUCUCCAUGCAGAGCUCAGUGCCAAGCUGGGGUGUGUGUGUUUGUGUGUGUUACUUGAUGAUCUGGGGACAGUCGCUCCAGGCUUUGGCCUUUCGCUUGGCCAGGGCCAGCCAGGCUGGCUCUGUAGACACCUGCGGGGAGUCGAUGGAGGGGAAGCGCUUAGACACGUCCUUGACAGCAGGUGGCGAUGGUGUGGAGUCUGCGAUUUCAACUAAUAGUGAAGGGGAAAGGUUAGUCACAAGGUCAAAGCACAUACGUAGCAGUAAAACAAUAAUUUACACGUAUUUGCACUUCAAUUUCUUUUCCGUGCCUGCACACU